UCCGUCGACCCGGUCGGUACGGCAGGUUCCAUCGACCCAGUCGGUUCCGUCGACCCGGUCGGCUCGGCAGGUUCGGCAGGUUCCAUCGACCUGGUCGGUUCGGCAGGUUCCGUCGACCCGGUCAGCGCUUGUAUUUUUGAAAAGCAAUAUGGCCCUGGUUUAGUGCUUGACUGUGCACUACAGUACAUUUCAUGUUCAGUGUUCAUUACAACUCAUGUUACAAGACCAGAGAGCUAUGUUCAGAAAGGAGUUUGAUGUUGAUUAAACACCAUAAUAAAGCUUUAAGUUUGUUGUUAUGACUAACUGAUAGAUUUAAACUCUAGUCUGAGUAUUUCCUCAGCCUGUUUAAAUGUGGGGGGAGAGGCAUUAAAUAAUUGAAAUGUCAGCUUUAACUGGAGGACAAUAUAGUGUGAUACAAUAAUAAAAUGGGUUCAUUUGUAUUUUCAUGCACUUGUAAUACAAUAAAAGUUCUACAUAUACCCUUCUUUUCUUUGAAACCUUUUUUUUAUAGGAAUCUAGUUCUGUUGACAUAAAAUAAAAAUGUUCAAUGGCAAUGACAAGAUGUAAUAGUGGUAUUUUUUAUUACAUUUUAUAUUGCCAUUGGUUUAAUGGGUUGAAAGGUUAAAAUAUUAAUAGAAUGAAAAAAUUUACAAUACCAAUUUAUAAUAUUUUUUAAUUUAAUUACUUUCUGGAGUCAGGCAGACUCGACUCGGCCUUUAAGAACUCGGACUUGGACUUGAUGUUUAAGGACUUGGUCUUGACUCGUACUCGACAAAGGUGGACUCGGACCCAACUCUAGUGCCUCGGGGGUUUCCUCCGGGGGUUUCCUCCGGGUACUCCAGUUUCCUCCCCUGGUCCAAAGACAUGCAUGCCCUUUCUCAGAACAGCAUGCAGCUUGUGUACGCGGAGGUCACCCACUCAGCCAGGAACAGAACAGGCACCAGACCCACCCCAGCGCAGAACGAGGAUGUGGAGUACAGCACAGUGGUCACAUCCAAUCAGAAGAAAGAGGAUGAUGUGCAGUACGGAGAGCUGGUGUUUAACACUCCUGCACAAAAAAAAGUGUAAGGUGCCCAAAGAACAAGAAGAUUGUGUGUACUCAAGAGUCCAGCGCAGUUAGUGAGUGACACAAUAUCAGCCUGUCUCAGGAUGCAUCAUUAACAUUAUUUUUUGGUACACUUUUUUUUCCAGUUUUUGUAAUUUGUUGCUAUGAUGAUCCUGGUAGAAGAAGUUGAUGAUAUUCCACCCAUACAAACUAUCUUUUCAAUGGUUUGUCCAUCUUGCUGUCUAGAGCUCAGACGUUCAUCACUCAGAUCCAAGAUCUCCAUCAAGUACAGAGAGAGGAUUGUUCUCUGGACAAAAUGAGAAUACAGGUCAUUUUUGGAGUCCUGUUGAUUUACACCCACGUUGUCAUGGGUUCACAGUUUCAGGAUCAUGAAGGUUUAAAUUGUAACAACCAAUGGUCAUUGAUCACUAGUUUAAUUAUGAUCACAAUGAUCACUAGUUUAAUUUUAACAUAUAGAAAAACCCAAAGUUCCCCUCCAACACCACGUCUCCCAAGAUGGCAGUUUGUUAAUGAUAAUAAAACUAUGAUACUAACCAGUGCAGAGAGGAGCGACUCUGAAACAUACACUUUAUACAUCUUUGAUGGAGAAGGAAGAAGUAAAGGCAGUUAUACUCUCCAGGUGAACAUUGAAGCUCAGGUUUCAUCAGUGAAAGUGUCGUACAACUGCUUGCCCCUUGGAAUGAGAGUUAGGUGUUCUUCUGAUGGAGACAACCUCCACUUCAGUUGGACUUCUGAUUUUAACGCAUUCCCUCAACUGGAGAACAAGAACAACACUGUCACACUGGAAGAAGACCAUCAAGGAAAAGUCACCUGCCAUGUAGAAAAUCAUGUCAGCCGUGACCACGAUACCGUGGAGUUCCACCAAUGUUCUGGUUCACUGUUUCAGGAUCAUGUUGUCUGUAGAUUUAAUCAGAGUGAUCAGUGUUAUGUAGCUGUGGGACAACGACUACAACUGCUAAUGCCCUCGGAGGAUUGGUUUGACUUAAAGAACACUGGUUUAAUUUUAAGAUAUAGAACAAAAGAAAGUUCUUCACCAACACCACUUCUCUCAAGAUGGCAGUUUGUUAAUGAUAAUAAAACUAUGAUACUAACCAGUGCAGAGAGGAACGACUCUGGAACAUACACUUUAGAUAUAUUUGAUGGAGACGGGACAAAUAAAGGCAGUUAUACUCUCCAGGUGAACAUUGAAGCCAGGGUGUCCUCAGUGAAACUUUCCUACAGCUACUUGUUCUCUGACGUCAGGAAAGUGUUCUGUUCUGCUGAUGGAGACAACCUGCACUUCAGCUGGACUUCUGAAUCAAUCACUCGGUUGGAGGACGACAACAAGACUCUCGUACUGGAUAAAAUGCAUAAUGAAAAAGUAACCUGUCAUGUCAAAAAUCAUGUCAAUCGAGACUACAAUUCAAUUGAACUGCCAAAGUUUACCAGUCUCACUGUGUUUGUGUUUAUGUGGGUCUUUGAAGUCAUCAUCCUGAUGUCUGCAUUAGUGGGCACACUGUACAUUUACCCCAGAAUCUACAGAAAAAUGAGGACACCAGAGAGACCAGGAAGCUCUGUAACCCUUGACAAGGAUUAGAAGAGGCAGUCUGUGGCUGAUCUCCUCUAGUCGAGCAGCCAUUGUUCUCCGUCUCAUCCAGACUAAAACCUGAUAAAACUGUAACCAUUACCAUAACAGUGUUACAGUGCUAUCUGCUUACCGACCUUGCUAUUGCUAUCUGUUUUGCAUUGUUUGCUCUGUGUUUUAAAAAAUUAAAUCAUCCUCAUGAUUUCUGCAAUUUCCUUUGAAACUGAGUGCUAAUUUUAUUUGUUUUACUUAUAAUAUUUAAACACCACUGUAAUGAUGUGAUGCUACAGUAGCAACAAUUUAAUAAAAUAUUAAAUAUUUUUGAAAUGUAAAUCUAAUUUCUAAGUCCUAUGUCUAAAUGUGUGAAUGCUGAAUUAAAAUCUGUUUUAGUUAUUAUUAAUGAUUUUAUUAUCUUUUUUUUUAAGGUAACUCACCUACACAUUUGUUCUAGACUGUUCUAUUGUCUGUAUUAGGGGUGUGCAAAGCAGCCGGUAUUUGUAUCUGUAUUUGCUGAAGGGGGAAAAGUAUUUGUAUUUGUAUUUGUGCGUUACACGUCUAAUUUACGUUAUAGUGUAAGUAUUCUUAAAUUAUAUUCAUUAUAAUAAUUAUGGAUAUGCAAUUGAUGUUUUUGAACAUGCAACAAGAAACGUCAUUGAAAAGAAAAUAACAUAACAGCCAUUACCUCAUCCAUGGUUAAACCAACAACUAAUAAAAUACCAUUGUGAACAUUAUGAACCCCACCCCCACCCGUCCUUGUUGGAGGAUGCUGAACAGACAUAAUA